UCCUCCUCCCUUCUGUAUUGUUGCUGCUGGCACUGUGUCUAUGUAGUUGUGCAGCCGGGUGUGUAGCUGUAGUACAACAAUAUGAGAUGAUAGCGGGCGCGGGUGUUUGGACCUGUGUGCAGUGUGUCCGUAUGGGUGUCGCACGAAGGCAGUGGAUAUGGGACAAGUCCUUUCUUUCACACACUGCAAAGAUGCUCCAUCAACAGCAUCAAGCACACCAGAUUCCUGCCCUUUUGAAGGGGAGGAAGAAGCUGAUACACCGGUGACAGAGGUUGACUUCUGUCCUCUGCCUUCCCCCCAUGAGCCAACAUUUUCUUAUAUCACCAUUGGAAGCUCUGCACCCCUAUUACGUCCUCCAGUCAGGGUUCGUAGGGGACUGGGCCAGGGUAGAGUGCAUGCAGCACCGAGGCAGGAGACAGAAGAGGAGGAGGUUAAGGAUGUUGUGACCUAUGUCCUGUUGGAAGAGACCUGUCAGCUGAAAAAUAUAUCACCACCGCUGAUCCAAGAGGAAGUAGUAUUUGUGGCAAAACCCCAGCCCCAAGUAGAAAUGUUCAGGGCAGUAAAAGACCUCCUGUACUGGAGAGACACCCUCCUUUCUACUGGCUGCCUCACUGGAGUAACACUAUCCUUGCUGUGCCCGUCCCAGUUCAGUGUGAUCAGUGUGUUCGCUUACGGGUGUCUCAUCAUACUGAGUGUGACGCUCACAUUGCGGUUGUACAUUAAGCUCCUGCACGCACUCAAACGAGGGAAUGGUGCCAACCCCUUCCAGUAUUAUUUGGAUGCUGACCUCAAACUAACCACAAAACAAGCCGAAGAAAUCACUGCCCAUGCACUUUCACUUGCUUCUACCACCAUCUGCUCCCUUAGAAGCCUCUUCCUGGUGGAGGAGCUGAAGGAUUCACUAAAGUUCUUGGUAAUUGUCUACCUCCUGACAUAUGUUGGAGAGGUGUUCAAUGGAAUCACAGUACUACUUCUAUGUGUAAUUGGAGCAUUUACCUUUCCUGUACUGUACAAACAUCACCAGACACAAGUUGACCAUUACGUGUCCCUUGUUUCCAAGAAGGUGAAUGCUUUCCGCUCCAAAAUUCAAGGUGCCCCCCAAAAACCACCAGCAAAGCAAAAAUAAUUGGGGGGAAGGUCUGUAAGUUUGUCUGAAACUCAUAACUAGAACUUCAUCAGAACUUGUUCUGCGCUCUUUCCACUCGUCACUCCAGUCUGCAGGGAUCUUAGUCCAUCGCUGUUUCUCCAGGGAAACUGAUUGCCUUUUGCAGGAAUUCACUCCAGGGAUACUUAAUAUUUAAUUAAAAUGUUAUUAAUAAAAUCUAUUCACACGGUAUUUCACAAGUCACCGUUUUUUUCGAUGUGACAAUAAAUCUGUUUUUUAUUUGAAA